AUUUCUUCCACUCCCGUUUACAUAUCAUGUCUAUGAAGAAACUGUACAUUGGUUCCCUUUUGGGCGCCCUGCUACUGCAUUCACUCAUGGUUGAGUUGGCCAUUUGUUCCUCAAACUUCACUGAUCAAUUGGCUCUCCUCUCCUUCAAAUCCUCAAUCAACUUUGAUCCCAAUAAUGUGUUGAGUAACUGGACACAAGAAACCGACUUUUGUGGCUGGCCGGGGGUCUCUUGUAGCCGACGUAGGCAAAGAGUCACGGGUUUGAUCCUUCGCGGCAUGGGUCUCCAAGGCACCAUAUCUUCUCGUGUCGGUAACCUUUCCUUCCUCCAAGUGCUCGAUCUACGCAACAACAGCCUCCAUGGUCAUCUGACCGAUGAAGUUGGCCGUUUGCAUUACUUGACAAGUCUAUUGUUAACGAACAAUAUGUUGGAAGGGGGCAUCCCAAUGGAUUUGCACCGGUGUCGGAUGCUUCGUCUCAUAUAUCUUACAAAAAAUAAUUUUAACGGUAGCAUACCAAAAGAGUUGAGUACCUUACCCUUUUUGAGGUAUCUUGCACUAGGAGAAAAUAAGCUUACAGGUACCAUUCCACUUUCCUUCGGCAACACUUCAAGCUUACAACGGCUUGUGUUACAAUUUAACAACAUUCAUGGAAGAAUUCCAACUGAAUUAGGACAACUUCCAAAUCUGCAGAUAAUUUCCUUGAGUGACAAUCUUCUCACAGGUACAAUUCCGCCUUCCUUUGGCAACACUUCAAGCUUAAAAUGGUUUGGCUUGGCAUAUAACAACAUUCAUGGAAAAAUUCCAAUUGAAUUAGGACAACUUCCAAAUCUACAGAUAAUUUUCUUGAGCGGCAAUCAUCUCAUAGAAAACAACCUUACAGGUACCAUUCCACCAUCCUUCGGCAACACUACAAGCUUACAAGGGCUUGGGUUACAAUUUAACGACAUUCAUGGAAGAAUUCCAACUGAAUUAGGACAACUUCCAAAUCUGCAGAUAAUUUCCUUGAGUGACAAUCUUCUCACAGGUACCAUUCCACCUUCCUUUGGCAACGCUUCAAGCUUAAAAUGGUUUGGCUUGGCAUAUAACAACAUUCAUGGAAGAAUUCCAACUGAAUUAGGACAACUUCCAAAUCUGCAGAAAAUUUAUUUGAGCAACAAUCGUCUCACAGGUCCAAUUCCAUCUGGGUUGUUUAAUAUUUCGUCAUUGUCGCACUUACUCCUUGGUUCUAAUCGACUCAAUGGUCAACUCCAAGAAUUCCCAAAUAAUUCAUUGCAAUUGUUAGAUUUGAGCAUCAAUGAACUAAGUGGCCCCAUCCCACCACUUGUGGUGACAAACUUUUUAAUCUCACACAAUAAAUUCACAGAGAUCCCUUCGGCGAUUUGUAAUGUGAGUUCCAUUGAGAUCCUUGAUUUGUCUCAUAAUAGCUUGAGUGGUGUAAUUCCACAAUGUUUAGGAAACUUUAGCAAUGUACUCAGUGUGUUAGAUCUUAGAAAGAAUAACUUUCACGGCAGCAUUCCGACCUCAUUUGCAGAGGGAAACCAGUUGAAGACUAUUGAUUUAAACGGGAAUCAAUUGGAAGGGAAAGUGCCACGAUCCUUGGCAACAUGUAGACACUUGGAAGUUCUAGACUUUGGGAACAACAAUAUAAAUGACACAUUCCCCUACUGGUUGGAAACUCUUCCAGAGUUGCAAGUCCUUGUCUUUCAAUCCAAUAAAUUUCACAGUCCCAUGGGCUCUUCCAAAACUCAAUUACCCUUUCCUAAACUUCGAAUCUUGGAUCUUUCUCACAAUGAGUUUAGUGGCUUUUUGCCAACAACAUAUUUCAAGCAUUUCAAAGCUAUGAGGAUCAUCAAUGAAAGUGUGGGACUGAGAUAUAUGGGGGAAUCUUAUUAUCAUGAUUCAGUGACAAUCAUGGUAAAGGGUCUUGAGAUUGAAUUACCAAGAAUUCUAACAAUUUUCACGACGAUUGACUUAUCACACAACAAAUUUAGUGGAGAGAUUCCAAACGUCAUCGGAAAGCUUUAUGCACUUCGAUUGCUUAACUUAUCUCACAACAACCUUGUUGGCAAUAUUCCUCCAUCACUGGGAAAUCUUUGUUCGCUUGAAUCCUUGGACCUCUCUUCAAACCAACUUUCUGGUAAGAUUCCUAGCCAAUUGACAAGUCUGACAUUUCUUGGAGUCUUAAAUUUUUCAGAAAAUCAUCUUGAGGAUCGCAUACCUCGUGGCAACCAAUUUGAAACAUUUGAUAAUAGCUCGUACAAUGGGAACUUGGCAUUGUGUGGAUUUCCUCUAUCAAAGGAAUGUGAAGAUAAUAAGACACCAUUACAUCCAACACCUAUGUUGCACAAGAAAGAUGAUCCAACUUUUGCACAUGGAUUUAGUUGGAAAGUGGUACAAAUGGGGUACGGAUAUGGAAUGGUAUUGGGAUUGGUAAUGGGAUAUAUUAUGUUCUUAAUUGGAAAACCAAAAUGGUUUGUAAGAAUUGCUGAAGGAGAACAACAGAAGAACGGGAAAAGGUCACACAAGGGUGGUAACAAACACGAAGGGAGAAGAAAGUAGCAAACACAAAUGUCUUGUCAGGUAGGUAGUGCUUUACCAUUUUUUUUCAUUGUUAGAUGAAUAGAGAACUUUUUUUUAUAAUGGCAUAACGGUUAAGUGAUGUUUCUAACAUUGUACUAUGCUACAGAAGAAGUAAGAUUUGUGCAAAAAAUUCUCCAUUCGUUUGAGUAACUUUAAAUAUGCUUACUGAUAAAGUAGUUUGAAAUGCAAGCUUUGCACAAGGUAAUUAAAAUACUUAAGUUAUUAGAUUGAUUUGGAAACAAAGCCAAAUAAUAAUUUUAUUUUAAUUAGUGAAUGAACAUUGUGUGUACUAUUAAUGAAGUGUUAUGCUAUAAUGAUCAUAUACAACCUGGUUUGAUGA